CGCGGCUUCAGUGGCGGCGGCGCCUGCCCGGCUCCAAGAUGGCGCGCGGUCACGUGACGGGGGUGUGGGCCGCGUCCCGGCGGAAGCGUGAGGGACCGAGCAGGGAACGGCGGCUGGCGGCGGCGGGAGCGGGGCUGGCGCCGCAGGAGCAGACGUGCCGCAGGGCGGGGGACACGGCUGUCACCACGGAGUCCGCCAGCAGCAACACCGCGGCGGCCACCGCCGCUUCGCGGGCCGCGGGUGCCGGGGACCAGGCAAGCUCGCUGCCCCCGCCCAGGAUGCAGCGCAGGAAGAGGAACGCGGGCAGCAGCUCGGAUGGAACGGAGGACUCGGAUUUCUCCACGGACCCCGAGCACACGGACAGCUCCGAGAGCGACGGCACCUCCCGGCGAUCCGCCCGCGUCACCCGCUCCUCGGCACGCCUCAGCCAGAGCUCCCAGGACUCCAGCCCGGUGCGGAACCCGCCGGCGUUCGGGCCGGACGAGCCGGUGUACUCCACGCGGAGGGUGACCCGCAGCCAGCAGCAGCCGGCUCCUGUCACCCCCAAGAAGUACCCGCUGCGACAGACCCGCUCCUCGGGCUCCGAGACCGAGCAGGCCGUGGACUUCUCGGACAGAGACACCAAAAACGCGGCUGACCACGACGAGUCGCCGCCCCGCACGCCCACGGGCAACGCGCCGUCCUCGGAGUCCGACAUCGACAUCUCGAGCCCCAACGUGUCCCACGACGAGAGCCUGGCCAAGGACAUGUCCAUGAAGGACUCGGGCAGCGACCUCUCGCACCGGCCCAAGCGCCGCCGCUUCCACGAGAGCUACAACUUCAACAUGAAGUGUCCCACGCCCGGCUGCAACUCCCUGGGACACCUGACCGGGAAGCACGAGCGCCACUUCUCCAUCUCGGGGUGCCCUCUCUACCACAACCUCUCGGCAGAUGAGUGCAAGGUGCGAGCACAGAGCCGGGACAAGCAGAUUGAGGAGCGGAUGCUGGCCCACAGGCAGGAUGACAACAACAGGCACGCCACCAGGCACCAGGCCCCCACAGAGAGGCAGCUGCGGUACAAAGAGAAGGUGGCUGAGCUCAGGAAGAAGAGGAACUCGGGGCUCAGCAAGGAGCAGAAGGAGAAAUACAUGGAGCACAGGCAGACCUAUGGCAACACCAGGGAGCCUCUCCUGGAGAACCUGACCAGCGAGUACGACCUGGAGCUGUUCCGCAGGGCCCAGGCCCGCGCCUCCGAGGACCUGGUGAGAUCCCUCCCCAGGCACAGCCCCGGGGGCUCUGGGGGCAGCACGGGCUGGGGGCGAGUGCCAGCUGUCCCCAGGGGGUGCUGGAGCUGAGCUCUGUGCUCAGGA